GCCGCGUAUAAAGGCUGGGCAGGGCAGCAGCCCUCCAGCUUCACCUCUCAGAAGACGAACACAGACGAUGGCCCACAUUAGACUGGCGGCUGCCUCGUUCGCGCUGCUUCUGCUCGCCUGUCUGCUCCACACGCCAGUGACUGCCGUUUGCUGCACAAAAUAUUCAAGGACCCCGAUACCUAUCAUGAACAUCAAAGGAGUGUCGAUACAAAAGGAUAUUGGAAGAUGCAACAUCAAUGCUGUUAUUUUCCACACCUACAAAGGUAGAAAACAGUUAUGUGCUGAUCCCAGGGCAUCCUGGGUACUGGACCGGAUCAAGACCCUGAGGGAAGCCGUGAAAAGAAUGAGAGACAACAGCACCGCCCAGACGGCGUAAUUCCCACACGUCCUGAUGGACUUUUUUUUUUCUUUAUAUGUGCUUUGCUUUUUUUACAAUAUUCUUUUUUAUUCACGCCAUUUUUUUUCCACAUUUUUUUACUUAGAAAUAUAUGGUCUAGAAUUAGAUCAAAGCAAUAUAAUUUAACCAAGUUUUUGGUUUCAUAGGUUAUAUUUAAAUGUUCUGACAUUAUCUGAGAUAUUACAGACAAACGUUUUCCAUGAGAAUUCCGUGUCUUGCACUAUUUCCUGAGUCUUGCUAAUCUGGUAUGAUUCCAUUGAAUCUUACGUAUAUAUAAAUGUAUACAUGUAUAUCAUUUGGUCCCUCGAUGUGAGUUAAAAAAAAAAAAGGUUUCUUUUCUUAGCCAUUGAGGUGAUCGCCGUGUGCCUUUGUACUACUUGUGUUGCAGUUCAUUGAAUAAACAUGUUUUAUAGUA